UAUAAAGGACUUGUAAAUCAAGUUAGAGCCAUACUUAAAGCUGGCUUGCAACACUUUUUCUAGUGAGUCCAAACACAUUUAUCAACUCUUAGAUCCUUAUCCUAACUCACAACUUAAUAAUUGGAGUCGUACUUAUUGUUGAACUUAAGCCAACACCUUACGGGCAAGACCAGAUAACAAUUGUGCCACUAAUGUUCAUGAAAGGUAUUUUCUAAUUUAUUGGCAUAAUGUUGCCACCGUUUUAUUACUUUUGGCGACCCUCCGGUUGGUUGCAAAAAUGUUUUUUUUGGGGGUUUAUUUACUACUUUACAGUUUUUUAUUUAUUUAACAUUUACAGUUUACUCAUGUUGUAGAAUUAGUAAGGGAUUUCUCCAAACUUCCUUCUUUGCUUUCUGGUUUCCAAGCCCAAUAUAUGCCUCUGCCCAGGCCCAAUACAACCCACUUCUUUGCUUUCUGGUUUCUAAGCCCAAUAUAUGUCUCUUCUGCCCAGGCCCAAUACAACCCAAGCACAAUACAGAAAAACAUGGAUCUGGAUAUUUUUUGUUAGCCCAAUAACCAAUGACAGCCAUGAAAACAGUCAAACACCAUUCAUGGAUAUUGAUAAUUAUUCUGUUCUUCAUUUUCAAAUAUGAUAAAUCAUUAAUUAUUAUGAGGUAAACACAACCAUUAUUUCCUUCUUAAUACAGGGGAUUAAACGGUCAAAAGUCUACAAUUCUACAUAAUUAUACUAAUUAAUUCUGGUUUGACCCAAUUAAUUAUGAUGAAUUGAUGAUUAAAAUGUGAACGGCACGAUAAUAAUACUCACUAAUUAAUCACUAUCUGGAAAAUUGAAAUAAUUAAUCUUUUCUCACUUUUUCUCAGAUAUUUAUGCUUAAUAAUCUUUAUCAAAUUGAAGCAACAAAAAAAAAAAACCCCCGGAGGAUUAUCUUUUAAAAAAAUCAACCCUCAUAUAAUAUAUCACUUUUUUCCAUAAGCAUAUUCCAUGAAAAGAACUUCCAUUUCCACAUACGUAGUUUUUCUUUAAUCAAAAUCACCAAAUUAACACCAAUUAGUGAUUUUUUUAACCAUUAUUUAUAUUAAAAUUAAUGCAGAUUAUCAAUUCCAACACAAACACCACGGCCUAAUUCCUCUCGUUAAUUCCACGCAAAACCCCAAUUAAAGACUCAUAAUAAUUAGACAGAAAAACCCUACGCCUAUAAUUACCCUCUAUAUCGACACCUUCUUCACCUUAAACCAACACACACAACUUAGCCAAAGCUCAAAAUCUUCCCCUUCCUAAAGAAAAAAAAAGAAAGAAAAAUGGCUCGUCUGGCUUCCACAAUCUCCCUCAUUUUCCUCUCACUACUCGCCGUCGCUGAAGCCAAGGAGUUCAUCGUCGGAGGCAAGGAGAGCAAGACUUUCUGGAGGGUCCCCGCCGGCGAGAAUCGAAGUAAUCUCAAUUACUGGGCCGAGCAGAAUAGGUUCCGGUCCGGCGAUGUUCUUGUAUGGAAGUCCGUCGCUAAAAGUGAUUCGGUGCUGGAAGUGAGCAAGAAAGAUUACGAGAGCUGCGCCACGGGGAAUCCCAUCAAGGAACUGAAGGCCGCCGACGGCAAGUUGACUCUGGACCGGUCCGGGCCGUUUUACUUCAUCAGCGGAAUCGAGCGUCACUGCAAGAAAGGGCAGAAGCUGGAGGUGGUGGUUCUCGCCGAUAAACAUGAAAACAUGCCAUUAUUAGCUCCGGCACCGGCGACCGAGGCGCCUGCUCCGGCACCGGAGAAGUCGAGUGGUGCUAAGGUUGGAGUUUUGGGGACGGCAUCUUUGGCGAUGGUUGCAGCGGGACUGGUCUCCUUUUUGUUUCUUUAGUUUGUAGGGGUCAAUUAAUUGAUGGGUUUAAAUUUUAAUUAGGUCUUUGUGUUUUCGUUUUUUUGUUAUUAUUUGAUGAUCUAGGAUUUACUUUGGGAGUUUGUAGUAACGGGAGACAUUGAAUGUCAUUGUCAAGAAGAUUAUCUCUAGUUAAGUAGGAGUCUAAUUCGAGUGUUUAAACUAUCAUUUUGUGAUUAAUUUUUGAAGUAUUUUGGAGCUAAUUCAAUAUCUUGAUCGUCUUUGUUGCUAUAUUCAAUUGUUUUAUCAUGGUUUUAUUGAGUCAUACGAGAAAAUGGUUGCGUCCAUAUCACAUUGCGUGCAUUUUCAUUUUUCGGUUUACAUAUCAUAUUAGAUUUCAAUUGUUAUCUACGUUUAUUUGAACGUUAUCAUGAAAAUUGGAAAACACAAAACUCAAAAUAGAACACGAUAAUUAGG